AUAAAGAGUACUAUGCCCUAGACUCAACACAUCUCUUUUGCCCUAAAUUGAUACACAACAAUCAACAUCGCGCCGACCCAUCGUCGUCGGGCCAUUGUCGCUGGUCCAUCGCCGCCGUUCCGUCACCGCCAGUCCAUCGUCGCUCCAUCACAUCUCCUUCCAAGCAUUCAGAUACUCCGAGAUAACCGCCCUCCAUCGCUACAAUGGCGUUACAAAUUCAUCAUGUUUGCCGGCCGAUUCCGCUGCCGCCGUCAACUGGAUCACUGUCAUCAUGGCCGACUAAACAGUUUACCAUCGGCAUAGACGUUCACCGAUCCGUUGCUUCAACCAAGUCGAUCGAUAGUAAAACCAGAAAAAACUUGAGGUCUUCGGUGAAGGUGAGAUCGAGCCUGGAGAUGUCCGGUCCAACGGUCGUUGUAGGUCAGGUUACUGAGGUUGAUAAGGAUACAUUUUGGCCAAUCGUUAAUGCCGCCGGUGAUAAGACCGUUGUUUUGGAUAUGUACACUCAAUGGAUGCACUUGAUGAUGUGUUUCUUCAACUUCCUCAUAAGCAAUAUAACACAGGCUGGGUUCUCUCUCAGGUGGGAAAAGCUCAUUUUGAAUUGGUUGAUUAUCUAGAAGCUGAGCGUGCCUUUAGCAAUGCCAGAUUGGCUUCUCCUUAUAGCUUAGAAGGAAUGGAUAUUUAUUCUACUGUUUUAUAUCACCUGAUGAGGUUGAGUAAUUUGGCACAAGAGCUAAUAUCAACGGAUCGCUUAGCCCCUCAAUCAUGGUGUGCAAUGGGAAAUUGCUUUAGUAUGCAAAAAGACCAUGAAACUGCUCUUAAGAACUUUCAACGUGCAGUACAACUGAAUUCAAGAUUUGCAUAUGCUCACACCCUUUGUGGUCAUGAAUAUGUGGCAUCGGAGGACUUUGAGAAUGGAAUAAAAAAGUUACCAAAACGCCCUUCAAGUCGAUGGAAGACAUUAUAACGCAUGGUAUGGCCUUACCAUGAUAUAUCUUCGCCAAGAAAAAUACGAAUUCUAAGAACAUCACUUUCAAAAGGACAAAACUGUCAUUUUAUUGAAUAAAGUUAAUGAUAAUUAAUGUUUCCUUAAUCUGUGUGUUUUUUGUCUGUGGACAAUAAUUUUGGGACGGGUGGAAUAUAAUUUCUACUAAAUAAAUUUAUCCUUGAAG